GCCUUGAUUGUGCCAUCUCAAUUGAGGCAAACCUGGGGAUGGAAGCGAGUUCGAAGCCGAAGCGCUCUUUUAAGCGUCCCUUCGCCUUUCCCAAGAAUUGUGUGUACCGCCCGCUGCGGCAGAUAAGCAAUAUGGAGCGGAACCUGAAGCUGCCCGCCGACAGGCCCACCUACUUCACGCUCAAUGCACCGCCCUCGCUGGUUCCGGCCAAGAAGUACUCGGACAUCAGUGGACUGCCCGCUCCGUACGCAGAUCCCCACACAAAACUGCGGUUCGCCAACGCCGACGAGUACGCGUCCAUGCAACACAUGCCCUCGGACAUCAUCAAUGGCUACCUUACGGUGCGCGGCUACACGAGCGCCGUUGGAUAGUCACCUCGAUCUACGUAGUAUACAUCCCGUUCCGCCGAGACCCCGCCACUCACAACAGCCAAUUACGGAACCGCUGGCCUUUUACUCGCACUGGCAUUGCGUGCGAGGCUGUUGGAUUCCAAGCGAUUUGCUGACUGCUCCCUGGCUGGAACACUGCCUUCUAACAACAAGAACAUGCGCUAUUACCAUAUAUGUAGACAGCCUACCCAGAAAGAGGUGCCCUUGUAGCCGCCAGCCUCUAACGCACUCGAACCCAUAGGUACUUGCAUUGUUAGCAUCUAUUAUUUGACUGUAACAUUGGCUCCGAGUCCAAGGUGAGACGCAUGCCUUGAGAUAGGUCCUAACACAAAAACUAAAUAUUGUGACAGCCAUUACGUGCGUUUGCGGUUGGUAGUUUGUUGCGCUAACCAUGUGGUCUUAAUCGCAAACACAAUAACAACAAACAACAAACUAUCUUUAGGCUUUAAAUGUUAUAUUAUCCUGAUUUUGGCCAAAGCAGAUGAUAAAGUUAAUGGAGUUUUUAUUUAAGGACGAUUUAUAAAUGAUUACGAACUACA